AUGGCCGCGGCAUCUCCAAUGGAAGCAGCACCUCUUCCUCCCUCUGAGCCCAUCACAUCACCAGGGACAGGUAUUGCCAAUUUACCUAAUCAAAGACACAAGAUUGUAGCAAAAAAUGGCGCCAACUUCACCUUGAUGGUUUGUGGCGAAUCUGGUGUUGGCAAGACUACCUUUGUAAACACUCUCUUCACAUCUACCAUCAAGGAACCUAAAAACUUGGCCAAGAGACGUUCCAAGGCUCCCACCAAGACUGUUCAGAUUCAAAUCACUAGAGCAGAAUUGGAAGAAAAAAUGUUCAAGGUCAAGCUGACCAUCAUUGAUACUCCUGGGUUUGGUGAUUAUGUUAAUAACCGCCAUGGAUGGAUCCCAAUCGUUGAUUUCCUUGACGAUCAACACGAAAAUUACAUGAGACAAGAGCAGCAACCUUGUCGUAAGGGUGUUGUCGAUAUGCGUGUCCAUGUCUGUCUCUACUUUGUCAAGCCGACUGGCCACACGCUGUCUCCCUUGGACGUUGAGGUCAUGAAACGAUUGGGCUCUCGCGUCAAUUUGAUUCCAGUCAUUGCAAAGGCAGAUACAUUGACACCCUCAGACUUGGCUAAAUUCAAGCAAAACAUUCGAGAAGUUAUCUCUGCUCAGAAUAUCCAGUGCUAUUCCUCUCCUAUUGAGAGCGACGAUGAAACCACUACAAAGCGCAAUGUCAACAUCAUGGCUGCCAUGCCCUUCUCUGUCAUUGGAUCAACACAAGAUGUCCUCACUGCUGAUGGCCGCCGAGUAAAGGGCCGUGAGUACUCUUGGGGCGUUGCUGAAGUAGAAAACGACGAUCACUGUGAUUUCAAAAAGUUGAGAAGCCUGUUGAUCAGAACGCACAUGUUGGAUUUAAUCACUACGACGGAGGAGAACCACUAUGAAAACUACCGCCAAAUCCAAAUGGAAACUCGCAAAUUUGGUGAUCCACGUGCUGAAAAGGAUGAAAAUGCUAAAUUUGCAGAGGAGGAGGAGCAACUGCGCAAAAACUUUACUGAAAAGGUCAAAUCUGAGGAGACUCGAUUCCGUCAAUGGGAGCAACAGCUCUUGUCUGAAAGAGAUCGUCUUCACAAGGAACUGGAGGCUCAAAGCGAAAAGGUCAAAGAGCUGCAAUUUGAGGUUGAAUCCUACUACAAUCAACGCGAUUCCCCAAGAAACAUUAGAAAAUAA